GUUUGAAAUAGUUUCAGACCAGCCUGAGGAAUGGUUGUGCCAAAGGAAAUGAGAUGUCUACUUCAUCUAACCGGAUGUCUCAAAGAAUCUCACUUCAAUACUCCAGACGAAUCUACGGAGACGGCAGUUAACGAGAUUUUUGACUCACUUAACAGCAAAAUCAACGAGAAGUUAGAUCUGAAUUUUUUUGUUAGAAAUGCGAGUGGAGAUCGUUGUCUAGUGUCGCAAUGUUUCAAUAGUGUUCAGAAAUUGUCCGAAGAAUUUAUCGAUACACUUAAAUCACAAGUGCUGCUGGGACUUCCGCUGAUUGAAGUCGAUGUAGCGAUAAGGUUUAUAUCUCAGAUAUCAAAUGACGACGAAAUCAAGUUGCAAGCUCCAGUGCUCACAGAAAAAGUAACUCCAGACCAAACAACAUUCCAUCAGUUCGAAUUUCCAAUUGAUAUGCUAGAAAUUCUUUCUUGUGAGGCAAUCACCGCAGACAAAUUGAAACAGAUGCUCAUCACGCAUGUCGAAAUGCAGCGCAAUUUCCAACUUCAAUUUCAGAAUGGCCAAACUGGGAAGAAAAGUGAGGACGUUUUAGUACCAGUUUACCCUUAUCACUUCGAUUUAUCACCAAUGCAAUCCAACAAGACUUCAAGCGAUGACAAAAGUUUGUAUCUUAGAAUAGUGACUGAAAUACUUCCAGUUAAAGUAAAAGAGAGCGAUCAGUUAGCUUUGAAGGUGCGAGAGAAUCUGCAUGAAAUGUAUGGAAUCGAGAAAAAUCGUCCCGUCUUCAGAAAACAGAAUGCUAUCAAGUUCAAACCCAUUUUCUCAACACAGUUGAUUUUCGACGAGUCCACUACUCCACCACCUAAAGCGACAGCAACUUCAACAGUAGGCAACUACCAAGCUGACUCAGUUUGUGAGACUGUUAAGGGGAAGUAUGCUUAUUUCCACUACUUGCAGGAGGGGAUGAGCGACAGUGGAUGGGGAUGUGCUUACAGGUCCCUUCAGACAGUCUGGAGUUGGUUCCUCCUUCAGGGUUACACUGACAAACCAGUCAUUACGCACAAAGAAAUCCAGCAGACCCUGCACAAAAUUGGCGAUAAGCCAGCAUCCUUCGUCGGCUCCUCUCAAUGGAUCGGGUCAUUUGAGGUCAGUUACGUAUUGGACCACCACCUGGAUAUCACAAGUGCAUUCAUCAACGUGCAAUCUGGCGACCAAAUAGUCUCUAAUGCCCAACGAAUCGCAUCUCAUUUCAAAAAUCACGGGACUCCCAUAAUGGUUGGAGGUGGCGUAUUAGCACACACAAUUUGCGGGAUCUGCUACGAAGAAGAUGCUAUCGAAUCCACUGUUAAAUACCUGAUUCUGGAUCCUCAUUACACUGGAGCAGAGGAGUUGAAAAAUAUUAAGAAAAAACAAGUGUACGCAUGGAAGCCACAAUCAUUUUGGAAAAGCGACUCGUUUUACAACUUAUGUCUGCCUCAGAAGCCAAAUAUUUUCUGAUUACUAAAGCCUUAGAAAAAGAUGGUAAUAAUUUGAGCAUUUUGUAAAUUUGUAUUUUCAUUUCUUUAUUAAAGGAUGGCGGUUUAUUAUUGAAUUCUUAUGUUUUGAA